AGUACCAAAAUGGAGCAAUCUAUUACAUUUAUCUGUCUAUCAAAUCAGCUGUUUGUCAUAACAAGCACAAUAUAGAAAUUUGUGUUGUGCUUUUGUUGUGCAAAAAUGGAAUCCAAAACAAAAAGGUCUCGUACCCCGAAUUGGGAUUCGUCCGAUAAAAUACUCCUCCGACAGCUUAUCGAAGACAAAAUUGAAAUUAUUGAAAAUAAAAAUGUUGACACCAACACAUCCCGCUUGAAAAGAGACGCCUGGCGUAAAAUAACCCAUAGUUUCAACAGUUUAAGCGCAACGAUGAGGGAAACAUCUCAAAUUCAGGCUCAAUGGCGAGGAACUAAAAUGAAGGCCAAAGCAGAGAUGUCGGCCUUCCAAAGAAACCUCAGAGCAACAGGUGGUGGACCACCUCCAAAGUCACCUGAGCCUGAGCACAUCAAAUUGAUGGCACUUAUCCCCCAUGAAUUUGAGGUGGAUACAAAUGAUUUUGAUUGCGAUACUGAGAUGAUAAAAGAAAACUUAACUUCUUUUAAGACACUGGUUGUGGACGAUGAGUAUGAAGAUGUUUUUAUAUCCUUAUAUGAGUACAGUCAAUGGCCCCAACCACCUUUGGAAACUCCCGUAUUUGAGAGAACUUGUUCAUAG